AAAUAUCUGGCAGCGCUCUGUUGACGUUUUUGAUAUACAUAUAGUGUACCUGCUCUGGCAUAUAACGAACAACGCAUAUUAAUACAAAUCUCCAAAGAAAAGUAAAAUCUCACAGUCUUUUGCAAAAGUUUAAGGAAAUUACACAUAUAUUUAAAAAGUUGCAAGUUUUUGUGUUAUUGUGGUAUUUAUUGUGUCGAUUUGAUAUUUAUAUUUAGUUAAAAGCAGAUGCAUUACACUUAAAUGCAACAAACUUAUAUACACAAACAAGUGCAUUUGUACUGAAAAAAAAAGUGUUGGAAUUCCUUGAAGGCCAAUCACAAUUUUGUCAACUUUGUCUUGUAAUUGAACUUUGUGGUAAUAAUGGCUGAUUCCAUACGUUCACCUUGUACGCCUUCCACGUUAUACAAAUUAAGCCUUAGAGCAUAUGUCUCGACACUGGGAAGUAAACCACAAGGGAGGCCUUGGAAACUAGACCAUCUGCCGUUGGCGAUUAUUGCUGAUAUUAAUAUAAGGAUGUCGAAGAAAGAGGAAUAUAGAGACAUACUCCAAGAAGUACUUAGUGAUUUAGAAACCUUUGAAAAUUUGCUUCGAUAUGAACCCGUACGACAAAAACUCUUUAUAUGUAUGGGCACACUGAUGGGCAAUGGCAAGCCGUUGGCCACGAGAUUACAAAAGAAUUUUACUAUGCGUUAUCGUAGGAAGUGCGAAAAAAACUUAGAAGUACACAAAUUAGGGGAAAAUUCUACAACCCAUACCCUUGAAGAUACAGAUAUGGUACCUGAAGAAAAUUUGAAUGUCUUUUCGUAUUUCACUCCUUACGUUGAUUAUGUAUUGGAUGAUGAAAUCUUUGAUGCAAAAGCUGUCGACUUCGGCUUACGUCUGGGCACAUUUCUUUGCGAAGGCGGUUGGGUGACUGACAGCAUACAGGUUUUACAAUGCGUUGCAGCUAAAGUGUGCAGUACACCAAUUGAUGUAACAAAUAUUGCUGUAUGUUUGGACUGUUUGCAAAGACUUUUGCAAGCCGAAACAGUUAUAUGCGAAUUCAAAGCGGCCAAACGUACAUUUCAGGAAAUUCAAAAAAUUAUCAAAACAUAUUCCGAGGACAAGAUACCACCGUCCUUACUGACACAAAUUUACACACGUUUCUCAGUACUAUCUUUUGCGCGGAGUGAAUAUGGAAACAGUCAGAAGUGGAGCAUGUUCGCCAUACGAUCUUUGAAAGAAUCAAUGCCGGAAAGAAUAAUUGUAGACGCUUUAAGGCAGGCAGCAAGAGUAUGUGUAGUUAAACGAGACUUCUCACGCGCAAAUUUACUAAUAAAUCAAGCUGUUUCUAGAGCAAAAAAAGCCUUUGGUAAAAGACAUCAAAAAUAUGCUGAUGUCGUCUUCGAUUACGGAUAUCUCAAACUCAAUGUCGACUCUGUACAUGAGAGUAUUGCCGCCUACAAGGAGGCAUGCUCAAUAAGGCGUAGUAUAUUGGGUAAUACAAGUUUUCAUGUGGGAGUGGUGCACGAAGAUCUUGCAUAUGCGUGCUAUGUAAAAGAAUACAGUACUGGCCGUUUCAAUUCGGCCCGAAAACAUAUCGAUAAGGCAAUUGAUAUAAUGGAAGCUAUGCUGUCGUGUAAUAGCCUAAUGCUUGCAUCAGCGAAGCGUGUAAAAGCAUUGAUAUUUGAGGAAAUCGUAUUGGAUAAAAUAUCUGAGGGUCGCGAAGAUGAUGAAAAAUUGUUGAACCAAGCUGAGGAAUUGCAUCUUUUUGCGUUGUCUCUAGCUAAAGAGGAGUUCGGCGAAAAGAAUGUACAAACUGCUAAACAUUAUGGAAAUUUAGGGCGUCUCUAUCAAUCCAUGCAUCGAUAUGAGGAAGCUGAAAAGAUGCACCUAAAAGCUAUAGAUAUUAAAACCGAAGUACUGGGUCCCAAUGAUUAUGAAGUUGCACUUUCGGUUGGACAUUUGGCUUCACUCUAUAAUUAUCACAUGGAAAAAUACUCCGAAGCGGAAAAGUUAUACUUGCUUAGCAUUAGUAUAAACUCACGUAUAUUUGGAAAAUACUAUUCUGGCUUAGAAUACGAUUACCUGGGUCUAUGUACUGUGUACGACAAGAAGCGUGAAACAAUAAAAUAUUUAAAAUUUGCUCAAAUAUUAGAGGAUUGGCAGGCGAUGCGUAGUGAGCAAGCUGCAGCGAGAAAAUCACCCUCAAUUCCUUUAUGUGAUGACAGUGAUGUAGAAGAUGUGAAGUAUAAGUUCUUUCAUAUGGAUACGUAAAAAUAUUUUAGUAGAGCUAAAAGACACUGCGCUUUUUAUUUUAUGAAAGUAUGCUUGCAACUUACAAAAUCAAUUUAAGUUUUACACAUUGGAACAAGUACUACUACGUCAUGUUUAUUGAACGCUACUCUGAUUUGCUCAACUAUUAUUAUGAAAUAUUUAAAGUUAAGUGAAUUGUUUUUGUAGAAUUUAACAACGAAUUUGCAUAC